GCCGCCAGUUCCGCCUGCUUUCUCCGUUGGCUCUGACAAUGACGACGGCUCUCCAGCUUCCCAACGAACUAUGGCUGCAGGUGUUCAGCUUUCUGUCCUGGAAGGACAAGCUGAGUAUGCGCUGCACUUGUUCUCACUUUAAGCAGCUGCUGGAUGAAUGUCGGCCUCUGUGGCGGGGCUUUAGCGUGGUGCUGAAGGACCUGUCCCGGUACAACCGCGCCUUCUGGCGGAGCCUCGCUCGGAGGCAGCUGGACAGCGUCGCCCUGCGGGGAGGGAGGAAGAGGGACCUGAAGCUGCUCUCUGUCUGGCUGCCUCUGCUCCAGGCCCUGCGGCUGGACAGCUGGAGGGGAAACGACGUCCAGGAGCUGAAGCGGUUCCGCCACGUACACAGCCUGACUCUCACAGCCUUUUCAGAGCCGCUGGUGAACCUGGAGUUCCUCCUUCCUCUGGGUCAGCAGCUGACCCAGCUCAGCCUGUGUAAUGUCCAGCUGGCCUGUCCCCCCUCCCAGGUGCUGGCCAGCCUCUCCCAGCUGACUCGCCUCAGGUCUCUGGUCCUGCACCAUGAUGGCUGUCUGAAGAUCCCGACGCUCAGAGGUGUCCUCUCUCCGCUGGUUAACCUCAACUCCCUGUCCUGGACCAUGAUAAACUACAAAAGGCUGUCUCAGGACUUCUUCUGCCCGGCCACUGGCCCAGCUGCUGGUGCCUCCCUGCAGCUGUCUGAGCUGCAGCUGCUGAAUUACGAUGCUGCAGUCACGCCGGAAGUUCUGCAACCUUUGUCCAAUCUCCGCAGCCUGUCCGUCUUCCACCUUUACUCUGUACCUGGACCCACCUGUCACCUGCAGACAUGGCUGUCAUCACUGCAACAGCUCUGCAGCCUGAGUGUGCACGGAGGGCACCCCCUGGUGGUGUAUGCUGACUUCCUCCCAUCCUCCCUCCGCAGCCUGACUCUGUGUGUGGACCUUCAGCCUGAGGACCUGCAGGUCGUCUCCUUCAGAGUUCCCAACCUGAGGCACCUGCACCUGGAGCCAUGGAGCUCCUCCUCCAAACUAGUCAGGCUCCUCCCACAGCUGUUCCCUGGCCUGAGGACGCUGGCCAUCAGACAUCAUCACGUGUCGGAUGAAGACUUCCUGGGUCUCCAUCAGCUCCAGCAUCUCAACACUCUGGAAGUUCUGGAUUCCUUUUACAGGCCAGAUCCUAAAGAUCCGAGCUGGGUCAUCUAUAAGCCAAGUCCUCGUCUGCUGCAGCUGAUCUCUGACCUGCAGAAACUGACCAAUCACAAAGUCAGAGUUCUCACCAAUACACACAUAGACCUGCUCCCCUGUGGCUGCGUCUGACUGGAGACCAGGACCAACAUCUCCACCAAAACGCUCUGACUGUCCAGUGGAACCAAACAGGGCCAGGUGCAGUCCUACUUCUCAUUCUUGGGAUUCUGAUUGGCUAUGAGGUGGCAGGUUUUCAGGGUAUAUUGUGGCUCUGCCCCCUGUGGUCUUCUCCGGUACUGUCCAGUCUCAGUUCUGAGUGGGUUUGAAGUUGUUGCCCAACCACCGAGAUUCUUCUUUACUUUGUGAAAGACAUUCGGUUUAUUAGUGUGCUGUGAAAAAGGAUUUCCUUCGGUUCUUGCUUUUUUGUCACAUUUGAAAUGCUCACGUCAUCAAAUGAAUUUCAUCAUGAAACAAAGAUGACCUCUGGUGACCUGUCCAGGGUGUAGCCUGCCUCUCCCGGUGCCUGUUAGAGAUGGAGCUGUUUUCAAAUCAUGGUUUCAUUUAUUAAGAAAAAAACCUGAUCUUAUGUGAAAAAGUAACUGAAGCUGCUACUAGACACUCGAGAACAUGAACAGCUUGUUUAAGGUCAUGCCACAGAAUUUUAAUUGGAUCCAAGUCCAGACUUUGAGUAGGCCACUCCUAAACCUUCAUUUUUUUUAUUUAUUCAGAGAUGGACUUGCUGGUACGACUCAGAUCACUGCCCUGCUGUUUACCCCCAAUCUGUUUAAACUUAAAGGGGCAAAAUUAGACAUUUUCCUGCCACAUGGUGCCAUUGUGUAGUAACUGUGUUGCCUUCAGUUGUUGUAAAAAUGCUGCAUAUAUCAAAUAUGUCUCGAAAGAAAUCUGACUUCCCAGUUGAACACCUUGAAAUUGGGCCUCUGUCUCUUUAAGAAGCUCCUACUCGUCCAAUCCGACCCUUGACCUUCAGCACAUUUUCUGUUAAGCCUUUUACAGCCAUUUUAACAGCAAUGCACUAAGUAGUAGUAACUAUGAUGAGCUCAACAGACCCCAGCUCCAGCAGGUGUUUGCUAAUUGCUGCUGCUAGUCUGGAGGAGUUGAGUGGAAAUGGGUGAUGCUCAUUUAAGCAUUUAGUCCCCCUUCCCCCAUCCUGCAAGUGGUUGCUAUGGGAGAUUCAAGGUUUUGUCAAAAAUACACAAAUAACAUUAUAAUAUGAUGUAAAGCUCUAAAAAGUUGAUUGUUCACAACACUGCCCCUUUAAGAACACUAAAGGGAAGAUGUUGCUCUGCAGUGACAGCUUUAACCUUGAAACUCUCCAACAUGUCAUUUCUGUCCAGUCUCUCCCUUGUUGUUGAAAAGCCUCUAAAAUGGCUGAAUUAAACCAAUUCCUGCAAAGCAGAGUGGGUCGUAAUUCAUCCACAGCCAUAACUGGAUGUGAUUACCAGUUAUCACAAACACUAGAUGGCAGCUGUUGGUAGUAAGUGAAGGACAACUAGUUAUCAGGCCUGGUGGUGCUAACAGGGCCCGCUGGGUCUGGAUGGUUUUGGCUCCCUUGAUAAAUGUAAUCAUCACAUCCAAGCUGCUUCCUGUAUUCACUUGCUUAUCUUUGAUAUUAAAAUGUGACGAAAAUGCAAAAGCAGAAGAAAUCUGAAAGGUGGCAGAGACUUAGUGAGGCAGCUGAGCGGUGCUGAGGUUGGUUCUUCCUUUUGCUCAGUGAAUGUCUGCACUUCUGAUUGGAAUUCAUUGUUUUAUGCCUCACUAUCAAUUUUUUACAUGUUGGAUUCAUGUAUCCAGAUUUAAUUUUAAAUGGAAUGAAUUUAUACACCAACUGUGCAUUAAGUGCCUUGGCCAGUUGGAAUCAGACCCACAACCCACAGUCUCAUGAGCGUCGUGCAGCUUGGUGCUCGCUGUCGGAUGACGGGGCGCUGACAGUGGAGUCCUGCAGACCUCAGGUGAUCCUGGCAGAUUGUUUUUUCCAGAUCGCUCAUCUUCUGCAUGUAGCCAGAAAACCUGGACCACAUUCAGAGGAAGAUACCUGACAGAGUUCGUCUAGCUCAUUUUUUUCUACGUUUACCUCUUAAUACAUCAUCAAACACUAAAAACAAACAGCUCUCUAGAAGAUGUCUGUUUUAUACAAUGUGCUAAAUAAACCUGCUAGUGCCUGAAGUUUUCUUUUGCACUUUUUUAUGUUUUUAAUGAAGAACCUUUAUGUGCUUUAUGUUUGUGUUGAAGUUUGAUUGCACUGGUUGCAGUUUUUGGCUGAUCACUGAUAUUUAAAGGGCCUGGCCUGCCGAUAGUUUUGUCUGAGAAGUGGCUUAGUGAUCCGCAGUGGUUGUUAACCAUCCACAGGUGGAGCUGCUGGGCCGGCCGUCUGUCACAGCAGAUCAACAGGAGACAGGCUGGUUUUCAGAGGAAGAUCAGAUCAGUUUCUCACACAUCAACUGGUCUCCCUAAAUGAAGGAAAUCGGAGCUGAUACAUCUGUACUCACCUACUUGGUUUGUUUUUUUCUCUUUUUUUCAGCUCCUGCUGAAACCCUUCCCAGGAAUAACCACCAUUGUUGGGUAUUUUAUUUUGAAAGUGUAACUGGUUUCAGUUAAGUUACCCUAUUUAGAAUGGAACAGUAGCAUUUCAUGUACUUUGAAAAAAUAUCUAAAUACAUAUUUACUUUUCAAGUCAUUUGACCUGCCACAGGUGGGUGGCUGGGAUCUAAGGUUCUGCUGGAGGACCCAGGGUUGGUAGAUGUUUCAGUAUCACAGCCUUUCUAACAACUGGUCUGUUCUUUGAUUUAUUUUUAUUUGGGGGAAAAAAAUCACUGGGAAGACUCAAAUUAUUUUUUCUAGACAAUAACGAGAUCUUUCUGGAAAAUAUGUUUGUUUUUGUUAUCAGUAAAGUACUUUAUGUUUUUAUCUAUCUAAAUCUUGUAAAAAGAAAAACUAUAUUUUGUAAAUAUUUCUCCUGCGUGGUUCUGGUUAUUAUUUCUAAGUAUGACUCACAUGUUGACUCUUGUUGGACCUCAUACCUCUAUUUAAAUCUUCCCAAUGAAGGAGCCUUCAAUAAAUGUGGACUUUUUAAUGACUCUAGCCUCUCCUUGUUUUGUUUUUUUCUUUAAUUGUCCUUGGUUGGUCCUGACAAAAUAAACACCUGGUUUCUUAAAGGGGAAGUAUUAUGUUAAAUGGACUUUUUUUUAGCUUUACAUCAUGUUGUUAUUCCCACAUCAAAAACAUCUGGAGUGUUGCUUUGAAUCUUUCAUGAAUGUUGGAGUAAUCCUUCAAUCUCCAUGGCAACCAUUGAGCUGUGGAAGACGCCUGGUUGGAGGUUUUCAAGCUGCCUCAUUAUAGCCCUGACUCUGCUUCUGAAGACUAGCAAACAACUAGCAACUAGCAAACAUCUUGUUAAUGGUUAAUAGCAGCCAUGUUGUGACGACUUCCUGAAGGAAGUUUCAGAACAAACAGGAUUUUAAAGAGACAGAGGCCCUAUUUCAAGGCAUUAAAUUACAAAGUCUAAUUUGUCAUAUUCCAUAUACAUUUUUAUUACAGCUGAAGGUAACUGUCAUAAAAUGGCCCAAUAUGGUUGGAAUAUAAAUACUGUCCCUUUAACUGCACAGUACUGUUUUUGCAUUUACUGUACAGCUUAUUAGACUUCAUUCUGUUUAUGUCUGUGUGAAUCUACUCACUUUGCUGCUGUUGCAACAAAAUUCCACCAGUGGGACAAUAAACAGAGGAACGGC